CGUGCUGUUAUGUGUUGUUCUAGGCAGCGGAGUAUAAUGUGUUCGAGGGCAUGGAGCUGAGAGGUGCGCCCCUGCUGGUCGUCUGCCAGGGGAAGAUUGUUCUGGAGGACGGGAACCUGCACGCGACCUCCGGCACCGGACGCUUUAUUCCCUGCACCCCGUUUCCGGACUUCGCUUACAAACGUGUCAAAGCCAGGAAACAGAUGGCCAUGCUGAAGGCGGUCCCCAGGGGCAUGUAUGACGGCCCCGUGUCUGAGUUUACAGCCCUGUCGAGGGGAGGAACACCGUCCGCCUCCACCCGCUCCUCACCCACCAAAGCCCCCCUGAGGAACCUCCAUCAGUCCGGCUUCACGCUAUCCGGUCCUGAAGAAGCCCCCAUCAGACCAGCGGGACGACGCAUCGUUGUGCCCCCUGGUGGCCGCUCCAACAUCACCUCUCUUAGUUAGAUAUAAGGAGCAUGUAAGAGGGAGCGCCAGGAUAAAAUCAACCAUGUAGAAGUAAGGUGAUUAGUCAGGGUAAGAAACGUAAAACACUGAACUCAUGCCUUACCCUUCAUGAUUUACUCCUGCUGAGCGACUGAACAUCAGUAGUCCACCUCUGAAGAAAGCAAAGCCCGUUCAAAAACCAGGGCAUUUAGUGUAGCGUUCUGUUCGUUUAGAUGUGUUUGGAUAAACUGACCUAGAAGACAUUAGAAUUACAGUGAAACCCACUUUGUUUGCAAUGUUUAAAAAAGGAAGUAGAAUUAAAACUCGUUAGCAUUUCCGGCAGGCGUUUGCGUUCAGUAGAGGAAGGACUACUGUCAUGUAUUUCAUAGGGCUUUAUCUGUAUUCCCUCGUAAGCUUUUUCUUUGCGCGUAUAUAUCGGCUGUGAUUAUGCUAGUUAAUGUUACUUUGUAAAUGAAGUGUCGAGUUUGCAUUUUUUUUUUAAGGAUUAUAACGUUGAAUGAAUGUUAAGGAAAAACAUGCAAUGAUAUACUACAAAACAUUUGCACCACACCAGUGCACAUACUGUACUGCUUUUGUUACCCGUCAUAUGAACUUUGAAUCUCAGUAAAGGAAAAGAAAGGUUAACUAGACUUCAUGUCAAAUGAGUGAUGGAAAGAUAUUCAGCUUUUGCAUUUCAGUUUCGUUGAAUAUUCAGGCGACUACAAUUACAGCUCAAAUGUCAAUUGAAAAAUGAUUAACAGGUGCUACAAUGUCUUUUCUUAAAUCACAGAAGUAUUGGAGUAAGUUUUUAAAAUCUACAUCUUUGGUAGAGGUCUAGUUGAGGAAUGAGUUACAUGUCCUACAUAACAAGUGAUGUGGAAUAUGUUGUUUAUUAUAUUUAUGUAGGUUUGAUUGUAUUCCCCCCCCCCCCCGUUUUUUUUUAACAGCUGGGUCAAAAAUGAAGGAGAAAAAAGCAGGUCAAAGUGAAUGUGUGAUGUGCAAAAUUUGUUCCUCAAUAAACAGAAGUUACAACUGAC